AUUCUUACUCCAGCUCUUAUAUCGACCGGAUCAGUUUUGAUAUUUUGCUUUAAAAUGAUUGCCGAGAACAUUCCACAUGGCAACACCAUCCCGAAGCCAGCGAAGAGAUCGUUUACUGGUGCUGUCGUAAACCUGAAAAAACUAAUGAAAACAGUAAAACGAAUUUUCGAAACAUCGAGGCCAGCAUUGGAAGAGCACUUCUCUGAACCGAUUUUGACAAGUGCUCCUACAGAGGAGGAGCUUCAAAACUGGCUUAAUGAACAAAUCGAAGCCAAAAAGGAGGCGCUGUAACAGAAUUCUGCUGGAACUCCUGACGACCUGUGAUAGGACUUGUGCUCCGGCACGAUUCCAAUGUCGGCAAAUGGCUUUAAAUUCAUUCUGUGAUAGCGAGAGUACGAGACUGAUGAACAUAGAUAUGUACACGCCU